CUCUUAUCACCAAAGAUGCCGAGGCCCAGUCUUCUCUCCCAAUAGCAAACAAACGCAGCCCAAGAGGGGGAGAAAAGUGAACUGAAAUUUCAGCAUCAGUGUUUGAGUGGUGUCCCUCUGCGUCUCAUUAGGUAGUUGGAAUAAACGCGGCAGCAGUCAUGGAUGACCUUCCAGAAUCUUCCUCUAAAGGCACCAAACGCCGCCGCAUGGAUGAUUCCGCCGCCGACGCCGCAACCUCCUCGUCACUGCAGGACGAUCUCACAUUCAGCGAUACGCUCGUCGCGCUCCAAAUCAUGCGAGCUCAGUUCCCUGACAUUGAUAAGGUUUCGGUUCAGCCUUUUAUAUUAAAAUCCCAGUUGUAUAGCAGUGUAAAGGACAGAACGCAGGUGGACAGGGAAUUGGAGUCUCUAAGGAGGGACAAAGUUCUGCGUAUUUUCAAAUUAAAUACUGGACAAGAUGAUCAUGCUAUAAUGUUUUUGGAUGACUACAUAAAGCAGAUAGAUCAAGUUUUUAAAAGAAUGGAAGGAAAGAAAGAAAUGGAAGAUGAAGUUUUUGGGUGGUUCAAAAAUUAUGUUCUGGAUUUGAAGCUGGAAACUGGCAUUGAACAUCAGGAGCUUUGCUCACUCUUGUCACUUGGGGGGAAGGUGAAGGACAGCCACAUCACCCUUUUAAUUAAUGCCGGUGUCAUUAUUCGACAGCUUAUUGAUCCAAACAUGUAUUGGUUUGCAAUCCCAAAUGUUGGCACACUUCUUAAGGGUCUGGCUCAGGGUAGAAAUGAACUUAUUUCACUUCUCAGUCGUCGUAGAUAUAAGGAGAUGAUGUUAGCCACCUUGGAGAAGAAGCGUCUUCGAAUGUCUCCACUUGAUAUGAGAUUUCAUCUUCGUGACUUGAUUGGUUCCGGACAUCUCAGAACUGACCAUACACCAACUGGUUUAAUCAUUCGACUCUCAAAAGAUUGAGAUUCAGAGAGUCCUAGAUGUGCUUUGAUCCAUCAAAUGAAUUCAAGAAGAGGUUCAGUUAUCUAUGCUUUGGAUUUAGAUAUAAUUGGUACACCAACUUGGAUAAAAAUGAUAGCCAUCCUUGUUGAUCAAGAGACCAGACUCAAAAUGGACCACUUGAUUACCUGUGUUACCGGAAUCAAUUAUGAACUAUCUGACCAGGCUGUGUGCUUUUAGGGCUGCUACUUCGAUUCUUAUUGAUAGCAUUCGGAGGGAUUUGAUGAAGUUUCUGCAGAGAAGAAGAAGAAACCAAAGAGAUGACCAGCGAAGGCCGACGCGGACGCAUGGCUCACGCGACCGCGCAGAAUGGAGAAAUCGCAAUGACGCGAUCGCGUGCCUGACGCGAACACGUGGACUGGAAUCUGCAUAUAUGACGCGAGCGCGUGGACGACGCGGACGCGUCACAUGCGCAAUCUGCAAUAAUUCAGAAAACGCUGGUUACGAAUUUCUGGGCUAUUUUGACCCACUUUUCAGCCCAGAAAACACAGAUUAGAAACUAUAGAAUGGACAAAGCAAGUGGUCCCCAUCCAUCAACUGAAAAUCUGUUAAUUAAUU